AGUAUUAUGGCCAUUUGUCAAUCCAUCCUCCGAAGGUCGCAUAUGCAGGCUGUUUUUUUAAGUUAACUAAGCAUUACAUUCACAGGUCAUAAGCAUAGUACAACAAUUUACGGUUAACUACAUGUAAACUAACCUAACCAUAUACCCUGACUAAUAUUGUCCCUCAAUAUAACUGUGUUGGGGGAUACAAUUAAAGAUAUUAACAUUACUAUAGAUUUUCCCCCAAAAAAAUCCGUGACUCAAGGUCUUUCCCAAAAUUGCAAGACAACUUGUGCACCAAUCACAAUUCUCGUUUCUGUCGGUUCAAACCACUCUGGUUCAAACAGGAAACGCCGGGCCGGCGCCGCUCUUUUGCUGAAACCGAAAGUAAGAUAGUAGAAGACACCGCAGUAUGUCGAUAAGCGCCGCCUUGGUCACUUUACGCUGACUUAUUUUCAUAUUUUUAAGUUGAUUUCAAAUGGAUGAUAAAAGCAUGGAUCUUCAGAUGCUUCUUGAGAUUGAUGAGGACCUGGAGAAAGGUGAAGUGGCUCAGCUUAAGUUUCUCUGCACUGACCUAGUUCAGAAGAAGCGUUUGGAGACAGUGACUGAUUUCAAAGAUCUCUCUCAAAGACUUGAGGAGCAGGAACUGCUCGAUGAUGGGCUGCUCAUCCCUGAGCUUCUCAUCACAAUUCGACGCCUCGACUUGCUAAAGAUCCUAAACACGUCCAAAGAGCAGGUGGAGCGUUAUUUGGCACAUGAUGACUGUAAGCGUGUCUCACCGUACAGAAAGAUGCUUUUUCAAUUGUCUGAGGACAUGACUGAAGAAAACCUUCGUAUUGUGAAGUUUCUUUCGGAUCUUCCAAAAGCAAAACUUGAAACAUGUACUUCAUUUCUAGACAUUAUUAUUGAGAUGGAAAAGCAACAGAAGCUUGGAGAAGAAAACCUGGAUGAACUGAAAGAUAUUCUGGAUAAAUGUGACAAACAGCUGGCUGACAGAAUAGAGAAGUUCAGGAACACGCAAAGAGACCGGGAACAAGCUUUGUCUUGUCCAGUAGGGGGCAGACCUCCAUUACAGGAAUUGUCUAAUCGUGAACACUUCAUACCCAACUAUCCUGACUCUAUGGGGACAGAGAUGAGUGAACCAAGGAGAGCCUCUUUUGGUCUUGCGACUGAUUCACAUAUUGAGAAACAGACAAUCACAUAUGAUGAGAAGGACUACUAUCCCAUCAGCCAUAGACCUGUAGGACACUGUUUAAUCAUCAACAAUUACAACUUCGAAAUGUCCAAAAUUCAAAAAUUAGGCAACCGAAAAGGCACACAUACAGACAAAGAAUCACUUGAGAGAGUAUUUAAGAAAAUGCAUUUUGAGAUUACUGUGAAAGAUGAUCUCACAGCCUCAGAGAUGCUCGAAGUGGUGAAGCAGUUUGCAGAAAAGGAUCACUCUCAAAUGGACAUUUUCGUGUGCUGUGUCCUCUCCCACAGAGAGAAAGGCGCUGUCUUUGGUGUAGAUGGCGAGCUGGUUGAAAUCUAUGAGCUUAUGCAGCACCCAGCUAAAUGCCGCACACUGGCUAACAAGCCUAAGCUUUUCUUCAUUCAAGCCAACCAAGUGGGCCAGAAAGCCAUGUGGAUGGCGGAUGGGCCGGAGCAAGAAGAAGGAACAUAUGAAGAGGAUGCUCAAAAGGUUGCGUCCUACAGUAUCCCUAUAGAAGCUGAUAUGUUAAUUGGAAUGGCCACAGUAGAGUAUUACCAAUCUUACCGUCACACCACAGAGGGAUCCAUUUAUAUCCAGGAGCUUUGUAGACAACUGGAGGAUCUCUGCCCCAGAAAUGAUGAUAUCUUGUCCAUUCUGACAAAGGUGAACUCUGAAGUGAGCACCAAGACGUUGAGAGGCUUCAAGCAGAUGCCCGAACCUCGAUAUACCCUCAGAAAGAAACUUAUCCUUCCCAUGGACUGAAGUUUUUUGCUUUGUAUGACUGUCUUCAUGUUGGACAAGUUUCCGUUACUCUACAGGCUCUUUGGUACAGAUUAUAGGAUGAUCAGUUUUUUGCUUUGUAUGACUGUCUUCAUGUUGGACUGUUACUCUGUGGGCUCUUUGGUACAGAUUAUAGAGCUUUGAUGAUAAGAAAGCUUUGGUUAUUUGGAUUCAUUUUAAAUGCCAGAGUCUGAUCUUUUUUAUGAAAUUUAUGAAAUUAGUUUAUAUGUAUGUACAAGACAUUUAAAGAACCAUUUGGAAGAAUAAAACAUUUAUAUUUGAUACUGGGCAUAGGAUUUUAUGUUGAUAUUUGCUGAUACAAGCAGUCUAAUUUUUUUCGAAUUAAUGUUGGAUUGGACAUUAAGAUUUCUGGCAUUAAUGUAGUAAAGGGAAUCAUUGAAGUAUAGAGAUGAGAUAAAAUAAUUAAAUAAACAUCCGCAAAGUGCCCAUCA